GGAAAUCGAACAAGUCAUAUUUAAUAAUCUGUUGCUGGAUACAGGACAAAAUGUACUGGUUACUACUUACAACUGUGGUUAUCUUUAUUGACUGCACCAGUGUUAAAGGCGGAUGUUCCGGCUGCUCUGAUACCUGCCAAAUGUACAACGAGCUAAAGGCGGAGAUUGAUGAUUUAAAAGCAGCAAGAAUUCCCGUAGCCUUUUACGCAUAUCUGUCUGCAGAUCUUGCGAUAAGUUCAGUAUCAACUCAUUCAAUAAUAAAGUACGACGUGGUCGACCUCAACCUUGGUAACGGCUAUGAUGCAUCAUCUGGUCAUUUCACAGCACCUAGUGAUGGUCUGUACGUGAUACACAUAACAACAGGGGCCAGGGAUUCCUCACAUGCUGUGGUAGAACUCAUCUCGAAUGGAGUUAUAAAGGACAUUACGUGGGCUGACUCAAUGAAUCAUCCAGACCGUACCGUUGCAACAACUGUUACUCCCCUUGAUUUGAGGAAAGGUGAUAAAGUUAAUGCCAGAAUAGGUCCUGCAAAAGGUGGAGCAGUUCUGGAAAGUACGACCCAUAUACGUUGUAGCUUCUCUGGUUUUAAAGUACAGUAAUAAUAAAUAUUUGAGAAAUUUAAAACAA